AGCACACAGACUCGAGAGAAAAUAACUGCCGUCGGACGCAAUCCGUAAAUCACCGGACACGCGAAGUCCGAAUAUAUAUAUAUAUAACGUUAUAUAUUAAGUUUGUUCUUUUACAAAGCGAAUACUAAACGUAUUCUGUCACAGAGGCGACUCGUGAGAGAUUUAAUUUCAGGUUCUGAUGGAUCACAUGCCCAUACGUUACCUAUCAGCGUUUACGCGAUGUUUCGUCGAUCUCCUCGGAAUGAUUUUGGAUAGCGGUUAUUAGACACCCGCAGAAAACGGCGCACUUCUCCUCAGAACAGCGCGAGCAGGACAUAUAUUUCAGCAUGAGAGACCUCGUGUAACGGUUAGGAUGCUCUGCGCGUCUUGGCAACCUGUAAUGAAUUCGUCUUUAUAUCGUGGAAGCGACUGAAUCCAGAGGUGUCCUGUACUCCGAAGAGCGCAGAUUUCACUGAAGUUUUGCUGUAUUUAAAACAUUGUACUCGUUGUCAUGCCUGUCAGUGCGAUGCCGAGGGCUCGGUCUCUGAGCCCGGUGUCUCUGUCCCGCAGCCUCUCCCGACUGAGGGAGUUUCGGACCCGGACUCGCAUCAUGCUUUCUCUGGGAGUUUCACAGAUGGUGCUCGGGAGUCUUAUUUUGGCUGUCAGUUUCGCCGCUUUGGCCCUUACCACUUCUCCCAGGGUCAGACAUUCCUGCCCCUUUUGGGCCGGAUUCUCGGUGCUUUUGUCUGGGCUGAUUGGAGUGGUGUCGUGGAAAAGGCCCCUUUCUUUGGUGAUCACUUUCUUCAUGCUGUUGUCUGCUGUGUGUGUGAUGCUGAACCUCGCUGGAGCCAUCCUGUCCUGUCAGAACGCCCAGCUGGUCAACUCUCUGGAGGACUGUCAGCUGAUCAAAUUUGACAGUGAUGGUGUUUGUGUCUGUUGUGAGCUUGAGCACCUGAGAUCCACCUGUAAUAAUCUGGGAGAGACACUUAAACUCAACCCGCUGAGGGACUGCAACACCAUACGCCUCCGACUGAAGGAGCUGCUUUUUAGCGUGUGUGCGCUGAAUGUUAUCUCCACCAUUGUGUGUGCUCUGGCCACAGCCGUGUGCUGUAUGCAAAUGGUUUCUACUGAUUUACUACAGAUGUUUAUGCCACACAGAGCAAGAGCUUUGAGUGCGGACUGUAUGACCCCUCACGGUACCAUCUUACAUCAGACACUGGACUUCGAUGAGUUCAUCCCACCCAUCCCUCCUCCCCCCUACUACCCUCCAGAGUACACCUGCACACCCAUGAUGGAGGGCCAGAGAGGGUUGCAUCUGGAUUUUCCACACUCUCCCUUCAGUGCCAUUUAUGGAGUACCUAUUAACAGCCCUGGAACUCUGUAUCCAUCCGAGCUACCACCACCAUAUGAAUCUGUCGUGGGACUGACACCUGCUAGUCAGAUCACCACCAGUCUUGAACAACAGGCCACUGAGUCAAGUCUCUGUGACAGGAACACCACAGCUAGCAUUAGCACUCAGGCCUCCGUUGAUAGUACUUCCCUCAUGGUGUCAGAAACUGCAGACAUCCCUGAUCACAGUUCAUCUGAAGAUCUGUGUUCUCUAGAGGUCCAGGGCUCUGAUUCCUCUCCAUAUGGCCCAUUACCCGUCGUAGCGACUGACGGCAGCUGCACAAGCUUGGAACACAGCACCCGCUUUAACCUGAGGAGACAGGCCCGUGUCCGCUUUGACUACUGCGAGUCUUCUGUCGUGCAGGAUUCGAAGCCCCAGUCACCCCAAUUGUCACCUGAUGCUGUCAGUGGCCUUGAAAAGGAGGAGAAUACAAGUCUGCAAUCCAAGUCUCGAACACAGCACAGAGAAAGAACCAAUAAGAAGCUAACCCUCCUUUUUCCUUCAAACGCUCCAUGCUCCAGUGCUUCCAAUUCUGCAGUGACUUCCGCUGCAGGGGCAAUUUCUGCACUUACACCCUCUGCCUGCACCUCCCCAUCACCCACCGGUCAGCUGCGGGGUACCCGACUAUGCUUCAGCAUCUGGUCCCCAUCUGCCUCUUCCUCUGUGGCUCCACAGCCAAAUGCUACCUCUGUCCUCAGCAGCUCAAGCCCCCAUGAGCGUCCACGCACGCUGCGUGCCACCAGAGGGUACAGGAAACUUGCGAGGAUUGUGCGCUCCACUAGUGAACCAUUGUCCUGUACUUCCAUAUCUAGAAGUGAUCGCUGUGCUGCUAACCAUCCACCCGAGGACUCCCCACAGACCCCCUGUGAUCAAGCAUGCAUGGAGCUCUCUGAGAACGUCCGACCGCCAUCUGCCAAACAUGGCAGCCAAGGGGGAAAGAAACAGAAGGAUGUUAAAUCUGACACACGACUCAAACCUCACCUCCAUGUUUCACCAUCAUCAGAGCGACCACAAUCUCUUGCAGACCUCAAAACUUACAAAGACACCAAAGUGCUGGUGGCAAAAUUCCUGGAGCACUCUAGCUGCACUCUACCUCCAGAGGUUCAGCAGGUGGUCAACAGCAUUAAAUGUGUUAUUAAAUCUGAUGAGAAACACAUGGAGGAGGCCAUUUUCAGCGCCAGUAUUAUUGAUCAGUUAAUGACACAGUCCGAGAAGAUCAAGGGCAGCCCAAGGAAGCUUGCUCAUGGAGACCUGCAUUUACAGAGCUGUGGAGCUUUGAGUUCCCCGUCCUCAUCCUUGCGCCGUUCACCUCGAGCAACCAGACAGAGGGAUGUCCCUACUACGCUGGAUCAUCAAUCGCCACAUCACCCUCAAAGCCUCAUCAGUGUUUGCAGAGAAACUACACUCUGACCCCCUGGACCAGAACACCUUUUCCCUUAUAAUACUCUGAACAUGUGCCAAGGCCAAAUCCUAAAUCACAUCAGCAGAAACUGUAGCUCUUGAAACAACAGCAAGUCAAUGUGGAGCUAAUGUUCCUCAUAUGAUAAAAAAACAAGGUUCUAAAAAAGAAACACUAGAGUGUUUACCUGCAGGGGUAUAUAUUUUUAUUUUAAUGUCAGAAAAAAGUAAAAUAUUUGUUAGAAUUAAAACUGAUGAAUUUGCUAGUGUAUUAAAUAGAAGACUGGGUAUGUAGUGGACCAAAGGAGAGCCGAUGGAUUUACCUCUUCAUGAAACUGUCUAUUUGAUUAUACAAACAUUAAAAUACACAUUUUCUGCAAACAUUGUUAAAUAUUGGAUAUAUUUGGUCAUUGUGUGCCACUGCAGGGCAGAUAACUUUAUGAAGCUGGAUUAUUCAGUUUACCUCAGUGUGUUAUUUUUAUUUUCAGUGUUGCAAAAUAAAAAUGUGUCUGUUUGUAUUUUUCCUCAAUGGACUGCUUUUAUA